AUGACAGAUUUGACAGGUCAAUCCGGGGGUAAAUUUUCCUGGGAAGACCAUUUUGCUUGGAGUUCUGGGAAAUACUAUGGCUAUGUAACAUGCCUUGACGACGCCAUAGACCUCAUACAAGAGUUUUCGUACGAAACCUCUACUUCUUAGGUUGAAACUAGGUCAACAAAAGGUUUCAGCAGCUUUAGCAUCAAUGGAGUAACGGUGUACGACCAUCAUGACUGUGACCAUGGUUACACACAGAACAUUCCGGCAAAGAAACUCACAGGAAGUAAAAAAAGAGGUUGUUCAGCUGCUAUCUACCUUCGGGAAGUCAUCACAUUUCCUGAUUACAAGGUAUACAGCAGCAUACGUAGUGAAAUGUAAUAUAAAGCUAACAAUCACAUU